AUGCAGGCUCUCCGAGGGCAGGUGGAUGAGGCGUCCAUCCGCGCCCCCAUCGAGACGGCCAUGGCCAAGAAGGCUGACGUGACGUCGAUCGAGGUGAUGUUGCUCGAGGAUCUCGUGGAGUGCAAGGAGAAGCUGGAGGAAGAGCUCAAGUCCACGUCUGCCCGUGGCGAUACAAUGAACGGCGUCGUGGCGGCGCUGCCUGCCGAGGGAGACAUCGCUCGCCUGCGGGCCUACAACUGGCAGGACGUGCAAGACCUGCAGGGGGUUUUGGUUUCGUCGGCGGAGAGCAUGGAGGCAAGCGACGCCCAGGUGGGCCUCCUGCGGACCCAGCUGAUGGACUCGGUGCAGCAGAAGAAGGAGGUUCUCGGGGAGGUGUCCAAGGCCGAGCUGGUAGAGGGUGGAGGCAGAGGCGCCAGGAAAAUGACGACCGCCAGAGCAUUCCAGGCUUCGACGGAGCUCAGCGAGGAGGAACUGCUGCAGGCCGUCACGGAAUCGUCCAAAAACACUGCACUGGGGGUUGCCAAGUCGGUUUCGGCGGGGACGAGCUCACUGGGCGACUACCUCAGGUCCCCCGCGGGGCAAGACGUGGCGGCGUCGACGGUGCUGGUGAUCGGAGCCUUGGCAGGCGCGGCUUCGUCGGUGGCGAACGCCUUCAAGGCGGCCAAGAAGGAGUUCGACGAGAACGCCAUCUCUGGGGAGGAACUGACCUCGUUUGACAAGAUCCUCAAGAGCCUGCAGUCUUCGCUCAAGGCUGUGCAGGAAAGCCCAGCGGUGAAAGCCCAGCUUCGCGAAGCGGGGGACUUGCUGACCAAGCAGGUGCCACAGGCGAGCGCGCGCGUUGGCGCCGGGACCGCCGAAGCCAUCAAGGGCGCCGCCGCAAAUUCGGAGAUAAGCAAUCCCGUUAAGGACGCCCUGGACUCCCUCGAGCAGUUCGUCGUUUCGUUGGCCGCGCUGGGGACAAAGUACUUCACGGUCUCGAGGGCUGCCCGGUUCCAGCUGCCCGGCGGCAGUAAGGAGACGGACGAGCAGCGGAAGGCCAACGCCAAGCUGCCGUCGCUGUCACCCCCCCCGAAGCCGAUGGAUGAACUUGUAGCACAAAAGUCUGCUGCCGCCGCCGCCGCCGCCGCCGCCGCUGCCGCCUCUUCUUCGAAGAGAGAAUCCAGCCCUGUUCCUGCUGCUGGUGCUUCUGUUCCCCCGGUGGCAAAGCCAGCCGCGGAGGAAAAGACGGUCUCUGCAGCAGCUCCGGUCUCUGAGGCUUCAGUGCCCAAGGCAUCGAAGCCGAGCGUAGCUGCGGCGGUGGCAACCGAGCCUGCAGGCGAGAAUGAGCCGUCUCCCGUGUCCAAGGCUAAGACAUCUGAACCUGCUACUGCGGUAGCGAAGCCAGUGGCCGAUAAAAAGCCGACCUCGACGCCUCCAGCACCCGAGGUUUCAGCACAAAAGGCGGCGGCGGCGGCGGUGGCACCCAAGCCUGUGGUAGAAGAGAAGAAGCCCGCCCCUACGGCACCUGCUUCGGAGACCCCCGCGCCAAAGGUUGCCGCACCUGCUGCUGCUGUUGUUGCAGCAGACAAGCCGGCGGCGGAAAAAUCCGCUGCGUCUCCUGUUCUUGACGGCGCAGCGCCGGCGACGCCACCUUCGGCGGCAGUGGGUGCUGGGGAGAAGGCGCCCCAAUAA